GAGCCCCACCGCCGCCGGCCUAGUCACCAUCACACCCCGGGAGGAGCCGCAGCCGUCGCCGCCGGCCCCAGUCACCAUCACCGCAACCAUGAGCAGCGAGGCCGAGACCCAGCAGCCGCUCGCCGCCCCUGCCGCCGCCCUCAGCGCCGCCGACACCAAGCCCGGCUCCACGGGCAGCCCGUGGAGUGGCGGCCCGGGCGGCCUCACAUCGGCGGACAAGAAGGUCAUCGCAACGAAGGUUUUGGGAACAGUAAAAUGGUUCAAUGUAAGGAACGGAUACGGUUUCAUCAACAGGAAUGACACCAAGGAAGACGUAUUUGUACACCAGACUGCCAUAAAGAAGAAUAACCCCAGGAAGUACCUUCACAGUGUAGGAGAUGGAGAGACUGUGGAGUUUGAUGUUGUUGAAGGAGAAAAGGGUGCGGAGGCAGCAAAUGUUACAGGCCCUGGAGGAGUUCCAGUUCAAGGCAGUAAAUACGCAGCAGACCGUAACCAUUAUAGACGCUAUCCAUGUCGUAGGGGUCCUCCACGCAAUUACCAGCAAAACUACCAGAAUAGUGAGCGUGGGGAAAAGAACAAAGGAUCGGAAAGUGCUCCUGAAGGCCAGGCCCAACAGCGCCGGCCCUAUCGCAGGCGAAGGUUCCCACCUUACUACAUGCGGAGACCCUAUGGGCGUCGACCACACUAUUCCAACCCUCCUGUGCAAGGAGAAGUGAUGGAGGGUGCUGACAACCAGGGUGCGGGAGAGCAAGGCAGACCAGUGAGACAGAACAUGUAUCGGGGUUACAGACCACGAUUCCGCAGGGGCCCUCCUCGCCAAAGACAGCCCAGAGAGGAUGGCAAUGAAGAGGACAAGGAAAAUCAAGGAGGUGAGACCCAAGGUCAGCAGCCACCUCAACGUCGGUAUCGCCGCAACUUCAAUUACCCACCCAGACGCCCAGAGAACCCUGAACCACAAGAUGGCAAAGAGACAAAAGCAGCAGAUCCACCAGCUGAGAAUUCGUCCGCUCCCGAGGCUGAGCAGGUGGGGCUGAGCGAACACCGGCUUACCAUCUCUACCAUCAUCCGGUUUGGUCAUCCAACAAGAAGAAACGAAUAUGAAAUUCCAGCAAUGAGAAAUGAACAAAGAUUGGAGCUGAAGACCUAA